AUGGGGAUUGAUGAGGACCCAUUUCGGUCUCUGCUGUGUGCCAUCGGCAACUGGUACAACAGCUCCGGCCAGACAGAGAGAGACUUCCCCCUGUCCAAAGAGAGCAACACUUCUGACCCUCUCUGGAGACAAGCAGAGCUCUUUAUCAACGACUGGUAUGUGUUUCUAUCUCUCCACCAAAUCAGGUUGCUGCAGCUGUGCCCCAUCUUAGGUUUCAUGGCUGUUUCCUUGGUAAUUCCCGUUCUCUUGGCCAAGAUCCUUACCAGGCCCCAAAUGUGUCAGGAGACACGCUACCUUCUUCUGGCCAACGUGUUGCUCAGUGAUUUGCUGUUUUUGACGAUGUACACGCUGUGUACCUGUGUGAACGCAGCAGGGGUCCUGAUGUCUGAGUGGGCCUGUGCUACAAUGCUCUUCCUGCUGGGGGCGCUGUAUAGCUCUGGGAUCCUCAGCACCAAGGCCAUAGUCCUUGACACAUCACUGGCAGUGCUGGCCCCGCUGCGGUACUUUGCCCUGUGGCCGGUGUCCCGAACCAAGAAGGUCAUUCUGGGUAUCUGGGCUGUGUCGGUGAUCUUCCCAGCUGGGUCUGCAGGGGUGUUUGUGUGGUACCACACCACCUGGCCUUGCUCUCUUCAACUCUGCUCUGCACCUCUGCUCCUGGUGCUCACUGUCAGCCUCUCCGCACCCUUGCAGAUGUCUUUGCUUCUGGCAGUGACCAUCGUCCUGCUGAUCUUACUCCUGGUCUUCUCUGGUUAUGUGAUUCUGUACUGGCGCACACGGACGGUGGGCAUCCAGAGAGGCAGCCGCUCGUCCCGGGCCAGGGGAACCUUCCUCAUGCACUAUUUUCACCUCUUGCUGUCCUUCUGCCCCUUACUGGUGUUGGCUAUUGAGCUGCUUCUGUAUUGCCAUCAGGGAGUCCAGGAUCUGCGUGCCAACUUGUGGGUGUCUCUGGUGUUGUGUAACUUGCUGCUGGUGCUGCCCAAGGCUCUGGCACCGUACCUGUAUGGGUUCAGGUACAGAGAGCUGAGGAGUGUCCUGCUCAGCUUCUAUGGUCUGAAGAGGCCCUCAGCUGUCACACCUAUGAUAUGA